AUGGCGGAACCGCCAAGAUACGAGACAACACGGGGCCGCGCUUCGUACUCUCAGCAAUUUCCGGGGGACGAUUCCGAGGCGGCGCCGGAGUGGCCGCCGCCGGGGCCGCCAUUGUCGGCGAAAGCGGCGGCAGCGGCCGACGCAAACGUCGCGCGGUCGUCGGAGCGCCGCGACGGUCAAUCUCUUCCCGACAUUGUUGUCUGGGCAAAGGGCCCCCUGCACGACCGCCUAGACGCACUCUGCGCGGGCUACAGCGUUGGCGCUCUGCUUUCCGCCGCCAGUGUUGCAACAUCUACAGCAACAGAAGCACAAGGAGACGCAGAAACCGCGUCUUUCACCGCUAGUGCUUCUGCUUCCACCGUCGACGGGGUGCUUCCGCUUCCGCUUCAACUCGCCUUCUCCGCAAACGACUCGCGGAGCUCCUCCCCGCGCGCCCCCCUGCAUCGCGCCCUGCGCGUGGCCGUGCUGUGGCUGCCCGAACCCGCGCUGCCCCACUCCCGCGUGCACCACCUCCUCGCGCCCCUGCCGCCCCUCUCCGCGCUCGCGCCCGAGUCCAGUGGCGAAGCGGAGGGCACCGGUGGUCAAGAAGGUCAACGCGGUCAAGAUGGUGAAGGCGAGGGCGCGCCGAGCGGGAGAGAUGCAGCAACGGUGCUGUACCAACGGCCUGGCUGGCUUGACAGCACUCGCUACACCCCUGCGGUGCGCUGCUCUUGCUUCCAGUCACAACCCGCCUCCUCUCUACCCCACUCCCUCUCUACCCCACUCCCUCUCUCCCUCUCUCCCUCUAUCCCUCACUCCCACACUCCAGACUUCGUUAGUCGCCCAACCCCUACCCCUCUAGUAACAUUUAGCAUCACUCUUCGCAUUCCUCAACCCGCAUCAUCGACAGACGACCGCCAGUCGUCCCAACAAGCCUCUUCCUCCUCCACCACCUCUCACCCCUCCCGACCACUCCGCCUUUCUCUUUUCCUCGCCUCCUCUCUCUCACCCCUCCUUCCUAGCCUCUCCUCCCUGGACCAAUCCCAGCUGCACACGUCACUGCACCGCUGCUACAGCCUGCUACAGCCGUCCCAGCCAGUGCAGCGGCUCAUAGCCAAGGAGAACAUGACACGUAUCAGACAAAGCACAGGUGUCUACCUGGAACCCGUUUCCCUCUCCACCAAUCCCUCCUCCCCCUCUCCCUCCCCCUCCGCCUCCGUCUCCGCCUCCGCCUCCGCCCUCCCCUCCGCCUCCCCGCGCCCUACGUGCGCCUCCUGUCCGCCGUCGCUCCUCGUCAACUGCACGGCGCGGCGCCUCAUGUGGUUCUUCCUGCGCGCGCCACACGCCGACGCCACCGUCGCCGCCUUCUUCCCCUCGCAAGCGCUCGCCGUCGCGCGCUCCUUCCACGCCAACCGCCAGCCGCACCUGCUCUCCACCACGCUGCGCCGCGCUGCGCUGUGCCGCCCGAACCCCCAGUGGGGGGAGGCCGCUCCGCCCGAAGUUCCCGCCGCGGCGCUGAGUAUUAAGGAGAGCGAGAAACGGUGGUGGGUGAAACAGAUGGUGCGGCGCAUGCUGGUGUCGGGGGAGGAGGCGGAGGGGGAGGAUUACGCGCAUGGCAACGCGCGGGGGAGCGGCAAGGGGCGGCCGCGGAGGCAGUCGAUUCUGUGCGCGCGGCUGGAAGCGGCGGAGCUGUUUGCGCUAUCGCAGGCGCGCGGACUCAUCCACGCGCAGCACUCCCCGCAGGCGGACCUCGUGCGCGCGCAGGCGCGAGCGCGCGGAGCUGUUGUGGUGGUUCGCGAUGUGAAUGUUGCCCCCGAGAGCGAACCCAUGGCGGACGAUGGAGAGCAAGGGGAGGCGGCCGUGGGGACGGGGCAAAGCGAGGGCGUGGAAGAAGGGGAGGAGGGGAGAAGCGCGGGCGGAGAGGGUGGUGUGGGUGAGCGAGAGGCAGCAGGCGGGGAGGGAGGCCGGGGGAGUGAGGGGAAUGCGUGGGCGGGCGGUGAUGGUGCGGGUGGUAGGGCUGCGACUCGGCGCCUGAGCGCGAUGGAUGGCUCCAGUGAUGGUGAAGGAGGUGGUGCGGAGGAGGUGUGGUUUGAGGCGGAGAGGGCGCUGUGUGAUGCACCGGCCAUGAAGCCCAUCACGGAGCACCGCGUGGGGCAGCAGCUCAUAGUCGAUGAGUCUCUGGGGGUGUUCUACUGCGCGGUGCCCAAGGCAGCCUGCACCAGCUGGAAGAUGUGGAUGCGCCAGCAGCACCACGAUCCAAACGCCGCCGACCGCUCCUCCGUGCACCGCCCCUACCGCUCGCACCUCCCAGCCGUCUGGUUCGGGAUGUCCGAGCCUGAGGCGAUCCGCGCGGUGACCCGACGGGACCUGGUGCGGUUUGUGUUUGUGCGGAACCCGUUCUCACGGCUGGUGUCGGCAUACAUGGAUAAGGUGGUGCAGGGCGAGGGCAUCGGCAUGCGCAUCCGCAUCGGGUGGACCAUGCGCUUCUUCUUCCGCCUGGCAACAGUAAGCCGCCAAACGCACCGCCCAUUCGCCCUCUCCGACCUCGCGCACCCCUCGCGCCUCACCCCCGCGCUCUCCCCGUGGGGCGCGCUGCGCCUGAUGCUGGGCGCGGUGGUGAGCUUCAAGGAGUUUGCGCGCUUGGUGGAGGAGGCGCGCCGCAUGGACGACCUCGUGGCCAUGGACAACCAUCUCGCCCCGCAGACCUCCGUGUGCGGGCUAAACCACAUCAAGUACGACGUGGUGGGGCGCUUUGAGCACAUGCAGCAGGACGUGCAGCAAGUGCUCUCCGCUCUCGGCAAGCCCGCCGUGGCACAGGAGGAGCAGCAAGGUGCGGAGGCGGGGCGAGGACGCAAGGUGGAGGACCCGUUUGCUGCGGGCAAGGGCGUGCACUUUACCAACUCGUCCAACCGCGUGUUUGACAUGAUUCAAGACAAGGAGACGUAUUUGCGGGUGAAACGAGUGUAUGCCAUGGAUAUGCACUCCACUCUCAACGACCUGCACUACAACCCGCCAGCGGAUCUGGCAAAAAAGUUUGAAGGCUGA